AUGGCGGGUGGCAACAGAAACACAACAGGCGGGCGCUGGCGCGGCCCCGCUACUACGCGGCGGGCGGCGCCAAGACGUGGAGUGGAGCUCGGGGCGCCGCCCGGACGGGACGGGGCGCGCCGGGACGCGGCGGCCGGCCCGGGCCGGGGACGCGGGGACGCGGCCCCGCAGCCCCGCCGGUGGCGCGGGGCGGGCGCGACCCGGGCGGGCCCCGGGGCGGGCGCGGGGCGGGAGACGCGGCGGCGGCCGGUCCGGUCCGGCGGCGGCGCGAUCCGGGCGCCGCGCUUUGCGGGCGGCGCUCCCCCCGCAGUGCGCCGGCGGCCCGGGGCGCGCUGUCAGCGCGCGCGGGCCAAUGGGCGCGCAGCACAACACGCGUGCUGCCCUCCACAUGGGCGCCCCGCGCCGCCGCGCGCCUUAAAGGGGCCGCGCCCGCCGCGCCCCGCGCACGUGCGGGCCCCGCGCGCCCCCGCACCGGCACCGCGCCCAACGCCCGGCCCGGAACGGCGGCCGCGGGGCGAGCCCGGGCACCGCGCCCCCGGCUGCCCGCGGCACCCACCCGGCCCCGCUCUGCCCCCGCGGCGUGUCCCAUCCCUCCAGAAGCUCCCUGAGCCCUCCUGGCUGCGGGCACGCGUGGCUCAGCGCUCUGCCGUGACCUCGCCCCGCAGCCGGCGGGUGCCUCCACGGAGGGGGAAAGCCGAGCCCUUUUUAUGGAUAAAAGCAAGGGGAAAGAGGGAGCCCGGCGGAAAGGGUCACACCAGUGCUUCCCGGGAAACACCUCGCACUGCCCUGCCCACGGUUAACCUGAGCAACGUUGUCCUGUAUGCGGCCCCUUUCAGCGCUGGGUGCGCUGAGAGCCCCGGGGCGGCGCUGGGUGCGCUCGGGACAGGGCUGGGAGAAUCCAGGGCAGCGCCGAGAGCCCCGGGGCAGCGCCGAGAGCCCCGGGGCAGCGCUGACAGCCCCGGGGCAGCGCUGGGCCCCGCUCCCGGGCCGGGCCCGGGGCUGCCGCUCUCCCGCUCCGGGACCGAGCCCGGGGCCGCCUGGCACUACCGGCAGCCGCCGGCAGAGGGAGCCCGCGCAGCCGCGUCCCGGCAGCGAUCCCAGGAGAGAUCCCGCAGAGAUCCCAGGAGAGAUCCCAGGAGAGAUCCCGCAGAGAUCCCAGGAGAGAUCCAUCCCGCAGAGAUCCCGCAGAGAUCCCAGGAGAGAUCCCAGGAGAGAUCCCAGGAGAGAUCCCAGGAGAGAUCCCAGGAGAGAUCCCGCAGAGAUCCCAGGAGAGAUCCCGCAGAGAUCCUGCAGAGAUCCCAGGAGAGAUCCAUCCCGCAGAGAUCCCGCAGCGAUCCCAGGAGAGAUCCCAGGAGAGAUCCCGCAGAGAUCCCGCAGAGAUCCCAGGAGAGAUCCCAGGAGAGAUCCCAGGAGAGAUCCCGCAGAGAUCCCGCAGAGAUCCCGCAGAGGUCCCGCCGAGAUCCCAGGAGAGAUCCCAGGAGAGACCCCAGGAGAGAUCCUGCAGAGAUCCCGCAGAGAUCCCAGGAGAGAUCCCGCAGAGAUCCCGCAGAGAUCCCAGGAGAGAUCCCAGGAGAGACCCCAGGAGAGAUCCCGCAGAGAUCCCAGGAGAGAUCCCGCAGAGAUCCCACCGAGAUCCUGCAGAGAUCCUGCAGCGAUCCCGCAGAGAUCCCUCCCACAAAGAUCCCGCAGAGAUCCAUCCCGCAGAGAUCCCGAGGGUCAGCCAUGUGCUGCAUGGGAGCUGCUGUACGUAAGGCAGGCGAUUGCAGCGCUGCUGCUGCGGCGCUCGGCCCGUCCGGAGCAGCGCUCCCCAGCCCCGGGCUGCUCUCCUGGAGGCUGUGACCUCGAGUGUGACCUCCGGGGGACGCAGGAGCUGGGCUACAGAAAAUAGGGGGGAAAAUAUUUGCUGCUCCCUGCAAGUUCAUUUAAAUUGAGGACUCAGCAAAAGAACACUUAAUAGACGUUUCUUGCCUUUGAUGACUUAACCAAAGCUGACCCAGUGCAAGGGAAAAAUGGACAUGUUCCGCUCUGUUUGCUACAGUCAGUAGAGAUGCAGAAUAUUCAAAAUAAAAUGAAGUUAUUAGAAAAAUCACAAACCUAUCAUGAAUAUCUGAACAUGACUUAAACCCACACAGGAGUGUAUUAAGCUCUUCAGAGACAUUUUCUGCACAAGGACAGUGCAAACACCAGCUUAAUUCUGUGCCAACAUCCACUUUAUUUUUAAAUGUAUUCUACAAUAUACAUGUGAAAAAUAGAAGUGCUUGAAUGGCACAAGCCAAUUCAAUUUGAUAAAAGGUCUGAAAAGGGGUUUUAUUUAGAUUUAUGAUAAACAGCUUCACGGUUCAUAAAAAGACAAUUUUCCUUUUGCUGUUUCUGUGUACUCAUGCUUGUAUCAAACAAUUGGAUAUCAUAAAAUAUGGCCAUGUUAAAAUUGAAUGAUAGCAAAAGCACGUUUUAAGGAACAGUAGCUCUAAACAGUUAGCUCUAAAAAUCAUGCUUUGUGCUUGCACAGGAUAACACUUCUGGACACUUUAAAAUAAAACCUCAGUAACAAAAUGAUGUUAGGAAUGAGCUGCCUUUUUAAAAGCAGAUACUAGAAAGUAAGAGAGUUGACUGUUUGGCUGUAUCCUACCACAGUUGUCUGUGUCUGCUCUGGGAAGGGCCAGGGCCAUCACAGCCACAGUCUGGUUUAGGAGGCAAUGCGCACGUAAAUUAUUCAGCACUCUCAAAUCUAAAAAUCAAUGCUCUGUGCUGUGUAAUCCAGCUUAAUGUAACAGUCAGAAAACCCAUUUAUGAGCACUUUCAGAAUAGGUUUUCCCACAAAACCUCAAGGUUGCAAUAGGCACAGGGAACAAGAGGCGGGAGGCUCUGCCCCUGCACGUUACGCACAGGUACUCACGUGCCGUUCUGCAGCUGACAGCCGAGAGCUGCCUGCAUCCUCAGCUCCCCUCGCAGGGUGGUGAACAAAGAGCUCUACGUCAAACGGUGACAAAGUCUUUUACACUGUUCUUACUCCCUGGAGUAGCAGUAGUGCUGCAGCUGGAGCCCUCACACACCUCGCAGUCGUUCAGAGGCCCGGGGGCUGCUCCUCCACAACCGAUGUACAAACACAAACAAACAGACAGCAACAGUAAAUUCAUUUAUAUUCCCUCCAGCACCACACACCCUAUCAGGCCUUCAAUAAUUAAUACUCUAGCUUCUGAUGUACCU